AAUGUGUUGGAAAUCAAAAGAUCAGACCAUAUUGUUUGGCACGAGUGGGAUGAACCCCGUUAUGUCGAAGGCUGGUUGGGGAUGACCUUCACGUGUGGAUUGCUUGCCAAUUUGUUAGGCUGUCAACUCGCCGGCCGCCAGGCUUAACGCGCCACCGCCGCUAGCACGACAACAGUUGCCAUGCUCUUGCUCGCACGGCGGCUGCAGAGGUCGCACCAGUGCGUCUGGUUUGCCAUGCGCCACUUCCGCUUCGCCCGAACAGACGACGUUCCGCCACCCUCUAGGAGGCGGUCGACGGUCCCGGCCCCUGCAAUGAAAAAGUGCGACGAGAGGUCGGAGUGGUGGGUAGUGGACGGCGAGAUGCACGAGAUCGGAGAUAAUGUGCCUCCUCGUGAGAGGUUUGUAAUUCCCAGAGACAACAUUCCCAACAAACGUCGUAAGCAGCUCAGAGAGCAGUUCAUGCGUCGGACUCGCCUAGUUCUGAAGGAAACGGAGCAUGAGCCUUGGUGUAAAAGGUAUAUAGAACUAUAUCAGGAGCUCAGAGAGAACUGGGAGAGGUUGUACUGGGAUAAGGGUUACUCCAAGAAACUUGCCCAAGAUCAUGCUAACUAUGACUCUGCUGAAGAUGAUGAUCUGGAUUUUUCACCAUACAGGAGAAGGCGAUCCAACACUGAGCAAAUUAAGGACCAAGGUUCAGGGAGGAAUCGACGUGAUGAAAAUUGGGAAAGGGUCAGCCAAAUUCGAGAUAAGUUUGAAUAUGGAAGGGAGAAAAGAAUGAGAGAGAAAGCAUUUGCACCCAUGACUGGAGGGACUGCUUCAGACUUCCGCGAUACUGCUGCCAGGAAUAAGCCAUUUGACACCCAUGGAUAUUUUUCCCGGACUGAGAGGGAUUGAUGAAGAGGGGGCGAAUAAUUUAUGUCCACAAGCUUUUGGCUGCGCUUAAGCUUAGCACCUGAACACAACUGCUCUGAGAUUGUUCAUUGUCUAGCAAAUUUCUGCGGGUGUGGAACCUCAACCCUUCUGAAGUUAGCAAGUAAAUUGAUUUUAAAUCGAAUCUGUGCAUCACUUGUAUAGAGUGGAAAGUCUGUUUUGUCGCUUGCACGCACCAGCUUGGAAUGCCAGGCUUUCUUUCGACGCUGUUAAAAAUAUGGAUAGAGAUUCCGUGAUCUGUACUAGUUUAAAAUAUACGAGUGUAUAACGUUUUAAAUGCAUAAUUUACUAAAUUUAUUGUGCAA